AAACGCAGCACAAUAGCUUCUUUAUGUCGCCGCAACUGAUUUAAAAGCAAAGAAACGCCUGUUUGGAAAGGGAAAAUUGCAGUUUAAUGUCUAACUGGAUAUGUUGGUCGUUGUUUUUAGCUGAAUAUUAGGAAAGUCCCUCCUGUUGUGGAGCGGGUAUUAGCAUAUACGUGACACCGUGUUUAACGCUCAGUAAAUAGCUCCGGUGUGGACAGGUCAUUUACAGCCAGACGUCAGCGCAGGACUCAUUCAAUGCACCAGUCGGAGUUGUACAUAUUUUAUUUCCCGUCUUUUAAUUUCACAGCGACACAGUGUCAGGAGACACAUUUUAGAAACUGCAGGUUCUAUGCUUCAGCUAAGGACCUCUGCAGAAGAAGAAAGUAGUCAUGAAAUUUCCCAGCUCAGACAGGCCGUGUUAGAAAACAAUGACAGACUCCUCGAUGAGAUGCUCUGCCAAGAAGUCUACAAAAAGGUCAUCAACUGCAGGGGAGGCUGGGGCAUUGCAGGCACGCCUCUCCAUGCUGCAGUGUCCAAAGGUCAUUUCAGCUGUCUGCAGGUUCUGCUAGGCCACGGCGCUCUGGUAGACUGCGUGGAUGUCAAGGCUCAGACGCCUCUCUUUGCAGCCGUUCGUGGGAAAUAUCUGGACUGUGUGUUAGCACUGCUCAGAGCUGGCGCCAACCCCAACGGGAACUCAUCCAACAACUGCUCCCCCGUCCUCACUGCUGCUCGAGAGGGUGAUGUAGAGAUUUUAAAGGAACUGCUUAAACAUGGCGCUGAGGUGAACUCCCGCUCCAAAGUGUUGCUCUGGACUUCCAGUGCCAGGGUUUCCAGCGGGCCGCUGUACCUGGCUGCCGUUUACGGACACAUGGAGUGUUUCAAACUGCUGCUGCUCUACGGGGCAGACCCAGAUUACAACUGCACAGAUGCAAAGCUGCUGAGUUCUAUUAAGCAGCCCAAAACUGUGCUGGAGAUGUGCCUCAGGCAUGGCUGCGGCGUGGAGUACAUCCAGCUUCUCAUCGACUUUGGCGCGAACGUCUACCUCCCUACGCUGAUCAUCGAGAAGUCCACGAAGCAGAACGAGGCUGUGGAGCUGCUUCUGCACGAGAGAGGAAAUCCAAAGGCCUUGACUUCACAGUGCCGCCUCGCUGUCCGAAGUUACCUUAAAAAGAUCAACAAGAUCCACUGUAUCGAGCAGCUGGACAUGCCAACAAGUCUCAUUAACUUCCUGCAACACAAACCAGUCCCAGUCACUGUUCUGUAGCCGAGCCAGCUAUGUAAAGUCAUUUUUAUUUAACUCCAUGAACCACCUUUGUUUUAAAUUCUGUCUGUUUGUGUGCUGAAAUGUAAAGACUGAUUCUUCAGUCAGAACAUUAAAUGUGUGGAUAAGUGG